GCUACGGGGGUCUCGGCCUCUCCAUCGAAGGUCCCAGCAAAGUGGACAUCAAUUGUGAAGACAUGGAAGAUGGCACCUGCAAAGUCACCUACUCGCCGACCGAGCCCGGAAAUUACAUAAUCAACAUUAAAUUUGCCGAUAAACACGUGCCAGGAAGCCCCUUCACUGUGAAGGUGACUGGAGAGGGACGGAUGAAAGAGAGCAUCACACGCCGGCGCCAGGCGCCUUCUAUCGCCACUGUGGGCAGCACCUGCGACCUGAACCUCAAGAUCCCAGGGAAUUGGUUCCAGAUGGUCUCAGCUCAGGAGCGCCUGACCCGCACUUUCACGCGCAGCAGCCACACCUACACACGCACCGAGCGGACGGAGAUCAGCAAGACACGCGGCGGGGAGACCAAGCGCGAGGUGCGGGUGGAAGAGUCCACGCAAGUGGGCGGGGAUCCCUUCCACAACGUCUUCGGCGAGUUCCUCGGCCGCGAGAGCCUUGGCUCCUUUGGCAGCAUCGCCCGGACCCAGGAGGGGGAGGCCGGCCUCCAGGCCAUGACCGCCCAGGUGACGUCCCCCUCGGGAAAGAUGGCCGAAGCGGAAAUCAUCGAGGGAGAAGACAGCGCCUACUCCGUGCGCUUCGUGCCCCAGGAGAUGGGCCCCCACACCGUCAACGUCAAAUAUCGGGGGCAGCACGUGCCCGGCAGCCCCUUCCAGUUCACUGUGGGGCCGUUGGGCGAAGGGGGGUCCCACAAAGUGCGGGCAGGAGGGCCCGGCCUGGAGAGGGGCGUGGCCAGCGUGCCAGCUGAAUUCAGCAUUUGGACCCGGGAGGCCGGAGCCGGGGGUCUCUCCAUUGCGGUGGAGGGGCCCAGCAAGGCCGAGAUUGCUUUUGAGGACCGGAAAGACGGUUCCUGCGGAGUCUCGUACGUGGUCCAAGAACCAGGCGACUACGAGGUCUCCAUCAAAUUCAACGAUGAACACAUCCCGGACAGUCCCUUUGUGGUCCCCGUGGCCUCGCUCUCGGACGAUGCCCGGCGCCUGACCGUCACCAGCCUCCAGGUAUCUGAUGGAGGAGAAUAG